AUGGCGAUCGGUCAACUGGACAGUAUCCUGAGACGCGAUGACAAAUUCCUGAAGGAGAUGUGGACUUGGUUCGGUGUUGGAGCUCUCGUCAUAUUGUUGCGGUUUUUCGUGAGAAUUCGCAUGGUUGGCCCCAGAGGUCUCAAGGGAGACGACUACACAAUGCUUGUUACUUUGUUCUUAUACACGGUCUGUUUUGUGAUGGUCGACUUAGUGUACCGAUAUGGCACGAACGUGGAUCUCACCGCUCCCCAAAUCAGCACUCUUUCCGAUGAAGAAGUGGCACGACUUGUACAAGGUUCCAAGUUCCAACAAGUAGCUUGGUAUUCAUACACCGCAUACUUGUGGUCUAUGAAAGCGACCCUGUUAUUCUUCUAG